ACAUUCCUGAAUUGAUGGGAAUUAAAUGAAUUAUGCACAUUUACCAUUAUACCAUUGAGCGGGUGAUCAUAGACUACAACAGUGUUGUUAGUUGCAGAUGUUUACUUUCAUAUCGUAGUUGCUAUAUAUCAUGCUAACCUAACACGGAGUUUAUUAGUUAGACCAAUGUGUCACCACGUUCACCAUGGAAAUCCCAAACGUAAAGCCAUCCAGUUCACCGUUAAUGCGUUUGAUCAACUAUCUUGCAGUAACAUAUCUGUCGAAUUUCCAUUCCGUCUGUGUAAUAAAAACCAGAACGGAUUUCAUAUUAAUCGAUGUUGACAUUCCUACCAUGGUCAUGACUGUUGACGCAAAUUUCAACGAAACAUUUCGUAAAGGCGUCGAAGGUGGAUGCCAAGCGUUUAUUGUUCAGCAGUACGCUUUGUGGUCAUUUCUGGAUUCGUUUCUGGACGCCCAUGACUAUUCGGAUCAGCGAUCUGCUGCAAAAAAGUUGGUUCUAUUGUUGAAUGAACUGAAUCCUGUGAUCUCCGACCGCCUUUGCGGUCAUCUGACUAUUCGAGAUUUGCCGAAUACUUUGGUAGUGGUGUCAUCUGAAGAAAGUAAUAUUUUCAAAUUCUACACAACUGAUAUUGCGGGAGAUGGAACCAGAGGAAAAGUGAUUGUUCGUUUAAGUCCAAUAACAUUGCCAGAUUACUUCCCAGAGAAGCAUCAAAACAUGAACUGAACGCCUAUACGGUUUCAAACUAUAAUGUAUCCACCGUUCGUAUACUACACAGAAACGACAGCUGAGAAAGCGAACGCUAGGAAAGAUCCUCGGUAUUACAGCGAUGAUAGCCCUGUAUUUAUUGAUGGAACGGAACCGUUACUUCUAGUGGAGUUCUGCCAGCGAAGAAACUGCACAAUUGAAGCUUAUUUCGAUGAGAUCAAUCUUUGGGGCGAUGUAACUGAAAAUAGAACUGGUACAGGAGUUCUAGGAGCAGUAGCUACCCGCCAAGCUGACUUUGCCGUAUGUGCUAUUUAUCAUUGGUCACACCCCUACCGGUUUGCUACGUAUACUGGUGAGAUCAGUCGAUCCGGGGUUACUGUAUUAGUGACGAAACCAGUUGCAGUUGCUCCAUGGCGGACGCCAUUCAUGCCAUUCUCCGAUGAUCUUUGGAAAGUAGUUGGAAUGGCAUUUUUCGCUGGAGUCGUUGCCGUAUUGUUGAUCGAAAGAGGUCGGGCGUACAUUAAGGGUGCUAUAGGAGGUCAACGCAUGAAUAUCAGUGACUCGCUGCUAUCCAUGAUCGGGUUAUACGUGGCACAGAACGUCUUCAUUAGACGAGAUCUGAUAGCAUGUACUAUUCUGUUCAUUUCAUUGCUCUUUGCCGGAUUUAUGGUGGGUAAUCUCUAUGGCGCCAGGUUGGAUGAGAUCAUGACGAUUCCGCAGUUUGAGCAUGCUAUUGAAACGGGACAAGAUCUUGCAGACAGCGGCCUAACGUUUGUGGGCAAUGAUUUGGCAUGGAUGUUUACCCUGAGAUCAUCUCCACAGGCACAUGUUCAAAAACUAGUUCGGCAUUAUAAAGUGGUCGAUGACAAUUACAUGGUGCAGCACCGAGAUAUGCGUGAUGUAGGAUACAUUGCGGAGAAGACAGAGUUUGGUCAUGUUAGUCCUGUUGAUUUUUUGGACGUCCAAUCCGCGGAUAACUAUCAACUUCUGAAAGAAGAUCUUGCCUGGCAAUAUUGCACAGCAAUCGUUUCCAAAACAUGCCCGUUCAAGCACAGCUUCAAUGAGCUGUUAAUGGAGAUUCGUCAAUCUGGUAUACAGUAUUAUUGGGAAUCGUUGGUUGUAAACCGUUAUCUCGGUAUGGCAAUACAGCAGAAAAUACUUAAAGUAGAUCCCCUGGAAACGUGUGAAGAUGCUGUAAUACUCCAAGUAUCACAAUUUGUGGGUGCGUUUCUUAUCCUUGGAUUUGGAUACUUUGGUGCAGUAGUAAUUUUUGUUUUGGAAUACGUUUUUGUUCUAACGAAAAAACAGAUAUCGUUGUGUUUAAAAUCGUGCACAUGACUUGAUCGUAAAGUAUAUGACCCUUUUCGGAAAUGAAAAUUAAAAUGCAUAAAAUACUUAUAUAUC